AUGUCAGCAGCCAGGCGUCGUUUGGAUUUUGGCACCAGUGACAUUUCCUCUCUGCAAGAUCCGUUAGACGAUUACUUGAACGCCUCAACAGUGCGCGCGUCUUCACGAUCUGAAUAUCGUUCACGCYGUCGUAAUCGCUUCAMCCGUMAACAAGUCGAAAUGCUCAACUCUGCAUUUGAAAUGGAUGAUUUCCCUAGCACUGAGAGACAAAAAGCGCUUGCUUCUUCUUUGGGUGUCGAAGUCAAACGUAUACAGAACUGGUUUAAGAAUAAACGUGCAUCAGAGCGCAGGCUACUGGUACAGAGGCGUAACAUGGGAUACACUUCCAUCAAUGAAGACAUCGGUAUGCGUGUAUCGCAGUUUUCAAACRCAGCGUUUCACAAACAGUUUCAGCCGAUCAACUACGACUAUCGAGCCAAAAUGGACUUGCCGCAAAACAACUCGUUUUCAAUGCCAGCACCGACCACGUGCGAGUCACAUGACAAAUACUUUGACAAUCCCUUUAGACGUUUAGUUUAUGACGUCAUUAGUUACGGUGAUAGAAUGCUUUAG